UGGCGCGGCUGAUUGGGGAGCGGUCUCGACAGAGAAACGAGAUAAAAUAACAGCGGAAAUUAGGUUAACAAUGGCCUCAACCGUGUCGACAUCAACGACACAAAUUGCGGUUGAGGAGGCGUUCAUGCAGGAUGCUGCGGUGGCUGCCAUGUUCGAGGAAGAGGGGUCUGUGCUGGUAUGGGUGCAGAUGCAUAGGCGGCAGAUGGAUGAGAUAUAUGUGCUGCUCACUCAGCAUCAACAUGAUAUUCCACCGGAGCUUUUGGAGGAGGUGGAGGAGCUGUCCGAUGGUUGGGAGGAGGAGCUCCAUGAAAACCUCCCUUGGCAAUGCUUGAGUGCCGCUGAAAACGCGCGGGUGAUGGAGGAGUUGGCGGGGUGUGCCAAACUGCUGGGGGAAGUGAAGGGUUCCCUUGUAGAUAUAAGGAAACGGUUGUUGGACGUGGCGCCUGAGGAGGGCCGGGGGCUGCGUUCAUCACCCGGUUAUUGGAGAGAAGAGGACACUCCUGUUUCGGAUGCUUUUCUUGUCGAGGGGAUGGUGACUUGCCGCAAGGAGCCUGAGGAGGGGCAGGGAACUCGCGGUGAAUUGGACAAGCGAUCGUUUGCUGGCGACGAGGAAUGCGUUCGUUUGGAUGAGGGGGCUACAACCAUGCGCGUGAACUACAUCAAAAACAACAGCAACAACAACAACAACAACAAUAACAACAACAACAGCCAAAACAACAACGGUAGUGUUUUCCUCACGUGCAGCAUCAACGGAGUUAUUGGCAGAAUGUCUCUCGAGGGGUGUGAAUCAGAAAACGACGAUGAAAAUGAUGAUUUAUUCGCCGACGAUAAGACUGGGGAGCGCAGCCAUUGGGACAAUGGUUUCUUUAUCAUUGCUGCAGCUGGCUAAGACACAAACAACAUGAAUAUUCACGGUGAUAGUCUUGAUGAUCUCAACAAGGAUGAUGAUAACAAUGGUUUGGCGGGAGACAUCAUGGCCGGCGGGCGCGGUGAUUGCGACAACACUUUUGCGAAAACAGCUGGUAAUAACCAAAAUGAAAAACCAAUUCACAG